GGAUCACCUCCACCUGUUGCCCACGCCAAACAUCCCCUUAAAUUCGAAUUCCUCCAACGGUCAGAACCCGGCUCCCGUGAUAAGAGCACUCAAGCCAGCGAACACACUGGGGCAGAGCGAGCGAGAGAGAGAGAGAGAGAGAGAGAUGGAUUUGAAGAAAGGAAAGGGGAAAUCAUCGCCGGUCAAAAAUGGAGAAUGGAUUCGUGGAAGAAGCACCGAAAACACUGAUCACUGGGCUUUUUUGGAAGAAAUCGAAGCCCCGAUGUGGGUGGACCUCACAUUAGAAGCUCAACUCAUAGGCCAAGACAUGGAUGAUGCUUGGUUUCAGACAUCCCAUCCGGUACAUCAAAUGUCAUCUCGCCAUUUGAAGUCAUCCUUCCCUUGUUGUGUCCAUGAACAAGAAGAUUCUCCCAAAUUACCUUGCCACUCUCCAAAGCUUCCCGACUCGGUCUCACGAUCAAGAGGCAAGCAUUACAAGAGCAGGAAAUGGGAAGGGAACAAGAAUGGUUUUCUGGUGGAUAAACCGCACCCUGUCAGGAAGUUAGGAGGAAAAGGUUUGGGGAGUGUGACAAGAAAGAGUGCUAAUGGCAGUAGUUCAACAAGCACACUCACAACAAAUACAUCUAUCAGAAAAUCUGCAUCCAACUUCAAAGAUAUGAAACAUAAUUAUGGUUUCAAGUCAAAUUCCAGAUCAAAAGCAAGUUCAUCGAGCAGUAUUGUACCUAGUUACCAAAUUUUAAAAUCCAAGCCAGGUUCUGGAGGUCCAGAAUACAUUUUUGAUGUUGUGCCAGCAACUUCUGAGGUAUCCUGUGGAACUUCUGACAUGGCAUGCAGUUCAAAUCUGAGAGGCAGUAGCAAUCCAAGAUGCUGCUCGAGGAGAGAAACAGGGGUUGAAAGGGUUUUGCAGAAUCGGAAAUCUUCUUCAAGCAAAUCCAGUGUCGGUUCCUCUUAUAGCCUCAGAUGCAAAGUCAGGGACAUCGGUUUUGCCGUGACGCAGAAAAAACGGACAAUUGCUGAGACAAAGACUGCCACAAGAUCAGUAAUUAUAUCAAGAAUGUCUGCAAGACAAAUUCCAGAGAGGAAUUCAAGUUCCAAGAAUCAAAGGAGAGCUGACUGCAAUAAGUUAGUCUUUCAGGAAUCAAAAUCAAAGAACUUGGCUUCAACUGUACCUAGGAAGCCGUUAUGUUUACUUGACAAGUCAAAGCCAGUGAAAAAUGGAGUUGUGACACAACAAAAAAUGAUCUAUAGUGCUGGAAAGUUCAACUCAGUGGCUGCUAGUGAGAGAGAAAAUGCAAAAGAAGGGAAAAUUCAGAAUUCGAAAGCUGUGAAACAAGGAAGAUAUGUGAGUAGAUAUGCAUUGAUAAAUCAUAAGGGAAAAACUAAUGGAGCAAGGCAAGAGAGCAAUUUGAGAAGUGCAGCUUCAAAAACCUAUUUUCGAUAGCCUGCUGAGUAGCUCAUAUGUAUAUAACUUUUCUUUGAUAUAUGGUUAAACUCCUUUUUUUUUUGCUUU